AUGAAAUCUGAUGCAUCAUCAUCACCUCCUAUGGAUUCCAAUGCUGGGUGCCAGGGACAGUCCAAGGGGGCACCCAGAUGCCUACUCAGAUGUAUGCCAGCCAGAGUGGAAGGGUCAACCAAGAGGAGGUUGGCAGCCAAUGCCAGGGAGAGGAGGAGGAUGGAAGGGCUGAACACAGCGUUUGACAGCCUGAGAAAAGUGGUACCACAAUGGGGAGAGGACAAGAAGCUGUCCAAGUACGAGACUCUACAGAUGGCUCUGAGUUACAUCAUGGCACUGAACAGGAUCCUAACAGAGGCAGAAAGAUACAGGGAUGAAGCGGACUGGUCUGCUUCACAUCACUAUGAACAGUUUCACCAGGACUGUCAGGGCUACCUGGGACUGGCUUCUCCAAAUGACUUCAUUUCACAGACCUUUUCGAGCCACUAG